CCUACCUUGAGGGUAAAAAAAAAGUUUGUCGGACUUCUUCGGUGUCCUCCUGUUGAGUUAAAAUGAUUUGUCUUGGCGACAGUUGCUGAGCCGAGCGUGUGGACCAGUGAGGCAGCCUUUAAAACGUCUACUACCAGCGGAGCUUUUGAAUAAGUGGUGGCGCAAACCUAUCUAAGUAAAGAUGAUGGAGGUCCACCGAAGCAGCUAGCAGGCACAAGAACCGAGUCAGGAUGGCCGCGGACCCCUCGGUUAACUUUAAGCUCCUCCAUCGGACGUGCAAGCUGGUGGUGUUGCUCUGCUUCCUCCACAUCACAGUGACCAUCUUCUUCUACGUCCGCUCUCUGGACAUCCCCUCCGCCUUCGUCCAGAACCAGCAGAACCACAACAACAGCACCGGCACUGGCACCGAAUCUAAGCCGAGCCUGGACGCUGGCGUCCCUGUUACCCGAGCGAACGACACCCAGUCCAAGGAGGAAGGGGAGCAGAAGAAAAGGCUGGAUAAAUGUCCCGAGACAUCUCCGCUGCUCGUGGGACCACUGCGGGUGGAGUUCAACAUUCCGGUGAGCCUGGAGCUCAUCAAGAAGGAGAAUGGGCGCCUUGAGCCGGGUGGACGCUACAAGCCAAAAGACUGCAAGGCGCUGCAGAAGGUCGCCAUCAUCAUCCCGUUUCGCAAGAGAGACGAGCACCUCAAGUACUGGCUUUACUACCUGCACCCCAUCCUGCAGCGCCAGCAGCUAGACUACGGAGUCUACGUCAUCAACCAGGACGGAGACGAGAUCUUCAACCGGGCCAAACUGUUAAACGUGGGCUACGCCGAGGCUCUGAAGGACUACGACUACGAAUGUUUCGUCUUCAGUGACGUGGACCUGAUCCCCAUGGACGACCGCAAUACAUACAAGUGUUUCAGUCAGCCCCGACACCUGUCCGUGUCCAUGGACAAGUUCAGCUUCAGGUUACCGUACAAUCAGUACUUUGGGGGGGUGUCAUCCAUGUCCAAAGAACAGUUCCUGACCAUCAACGGCUUCCCCAACAACUACUGGGGGUGGGGGGGCGAGGAUGAUGACAUCUACAACAGGCUGGCGUCCAAAGGAAUGUCCAUCUCCAGGCCGAGCGGCGAGGUGGGAAAAUGUCGGAUGAUUCGACACGAGCGAGACAAGAAGAACGAGCCUAACCCUCAGCGGUUUGACCGAAUUGCUCACACCAGGGAGACGAUGAACAAGGACGGCAUCAAGUCGCUGUCCUACAGGCUGGUGUCCAAACAAACCUUUGAUCUGUUCACCAAGAUCACAGUCGACAUCGGAAAACCGUAACGAGUAAGCGGACCGUCCCGACCAAAAUGUGCCUUCAAUCCUUGACAUGCUGGACGUUGUUUUGUUUUGCACUUAAAACCAGUCAAUCGUGUCACUCAACCAACCAAUCAAUCAAUCAAUCAAUCUGAACUAUUGACGGACAAGCGCAACAACAGCUGUGGUUGACGUGCUACUUUUCUUUGGGGGAGGGUGGGGUAGGGUGGCGGUUUUCAAAAUCAUCUCAAAUCUGAGUGUCUUUUUGUUGCCAUGACAACCGAUUGCCUGGCCAAGAAUGUGAACCCGGAUUGAUUGAUCGGCUUUAAUGAUUUUUUUUACCUGUGUUCAAUGUGGACAAUCAUGCCUUACGGCCUCCGAGUGUCUCCAUGACGAGCCACGUCAUUUAUUGAACAGCUUUAAUCACUUUGUGUGUGUGUGUGUGUGUGUGUGUGUGUGUGUGUGUGUGUGUGUGUGUGCGUGUGUGUGUGAUGUAGACAAUCAGUGCUUAAUGGCUUCCAAGUGUCCUUACGACAAGCAGCAUCAUUGAUUAUCGAUCAGCUUUAAGCGCACGGACAUGUGCGCGUUAAAAGUUUACAUCGAAGACGUUCACACACUGAACUUUGAACCCAUCAUGUUAAACAUUCACAGAUGGAGGAUGUGACAGACGUAGCUCAUUUUCACAAUAAAAGCACUUUGUCACUAUGUUUGCACAUUUAUGUUGUUCUUCCACAUUUGGGGAUAAAAGUGGUGCACAAAAGAUGGAAACCAGAGCAGGGGUGUCCAAAGUGAGGCCUGUGGGCCAUUUGCGGCUCACAGCUGUUUAUUUUUUGGCCCACAGCACAUUCUAAAAUUAUAAUUUAACAAGUAAACUUGCAAAACAGCCUAAAUGUAAAAAUCUGCAGUAAUUUUACAAGAAUAAAGUCCAAAUAUUAAGAAAAAAAAGUUCUAAUCUCCAAGAAAAAGUCAUCAUUUUAUGAGUAUGAUGAAAAAUAAUGUCAUUUUCGUAGCAUAAAGUUGAAAUAUUAAAGAAAAAAGAUGGUUUUAGAUUGGUGGUGAUGGUAUUAGAUUUUAUGUAGCGUAAUGUUGUGAGAAUAAAGUCAAAAUAUGGGCAUAAAGUCAUCAUCACAACAAGAAAACAAAGUUGAAAUAGUUGGGGAAAAAACAACAACAACAGCAGAAAUGGCGAACACAACUGUACUGUGUUGUGGAUAUCACAAUUACAUUGGACAGACCAGAUGCAUUGUUUGAGUGCUUUAGCACAUGUGCUAAUUCGCAACACUAUUAAUAUAAUAUUAUGAGGAAAAAUGUGAUUUUACUAGCAUAGAAUUGAAAUAUUAAAGAAGAGAACUGAACAAAACAAAGUUGUUGUUUUAGGAAAAGUAGGUUGGGGAAAAAGUAUAUAUUCUGGGAAUGAAGUCAAAAUAUUAUAGGGAAUGGUUAGCAUGUUGGCCACACAGUCAGGAGAUCCGGAAGACCCUGGUUCGAAUCUCUGCUUGGGCAUCUCUGUGUGGAGUUUACAUGUUCUCCCCGUGCGGUUUCUUCCCACAUUCCUAAAACAUGCAUGUCAGGUUAAUUGGAGACUCUAAAUCAGGGGUCACCAACAUGGUGCCCGCAGGCACCAGGUAGCCCCCCACGACCACAUGAGGUGCCCGCAAGCCUGCUUUUCAUUCAAGUUUUCAGUUAAUAAUGUGAGAACACUAGAAAGAAAAGUAUUCUGAAACAUAAAAUGUGAGUUGUGGAUACCAGCAUUUUGUGAAUGUUUUGGUAAAACAAGCAUAUUUGAUCUGUUUGGGUUGAAAUAAGGUAUGAAAAUAAUUUCUACAAAAAUGAGUAGCUCGUGGCCAUUUUCAUUUUGUAAAAGUAGCUCUCGCAAGAAAAAACGUUGGUGACCGCUGCUCUAAAUGGUCCAUAAGUAUGAAUGUGAGUGUGAAUGGUUGUUUGCCCUGCGAUUGGUUGGCACCCAGUCCAGGGCAGACCCCGCCUCUCGCCCAAAAGUCAGCUGGGAUAGGCUCCAGCAUACCCCGCGUCCCUAAUGAAGAUCAGCGGCGUAGAAAAAUGGAUGAAUGGAAAAUUGAAAAAAAUAAAAAUAACAGCUAAAAUUGCAAACAAAGAGUGAAGUUGAUACUAAUAAGUUCUAUAUUACUAUAUCUUUAUACAUAACUUCUUAGCACGUCUACUGUACAUGUGUUGUUUUACAAAAUAUCGAACCCCUGAACUGGAGAUAAACGGCUCCAAUGUACACAUUCAAAUGACAGCCCGGUGUUGUUGCGCCACCUAGAGGGGAAGUUGAUGUGUUGCAGUUUCCUCAGCAAUUGUGGUCAGAAGUUUGCGUACCGCACAUUUAUUGUCAUGGGUUGAAAUUGCACUUUCAUUUUUAAGGCUUGAAGGAUUUAUUACAACAUUUUUUGCUGAAUGGACUGACAAUAAUAAUUUUAAAAGCAAGAACAGGGUGCAAAAUUUUUAAUUUUCUCUUAAUUUUCUCAGGAUCAGAAUGACAGUAGAUACCACCCACAAAUAGCAAGUAAAUAUGAGUAAUGGAGAUGCCCGUAAAAAGGCUAUUUUUGACCCUCCAAUGAAGCGCAGACUAUGCUGCUGCAUCAAGGCGCUACCCCUCCUUCAAAACCCUUCGGCUGGCUUGACAUUGACAUUCUGCAAUUUCAGACCAACUUUUGCAAUAAAUGAAUAGAUUCGAUUCAGCCACGGAGGCCUCCCCUGCUGUUUUUAUUUGCCAUUGCUUGCUCACGACAAAAAACGCUUGCAUGGAAGCACAAACCAGGAUUAAGCCCGAAACAUGCAUAAUUACGUUAUUUGGAGUGCCACCA